CUCUUUUUAACAGCAGCAUCUUAUGAUUUUAAUGUACCAGUGUCACCGUUUACCGCUGUACUCAUGUCUCUAACAUUCUCUCCGCGGCUGCUCUCACGGGUAGGCCAGCGACUACAGCCUCUUGUAUUAACUCGCCACUCUAGCUCCUUGACUGGGCUGGAAAGAAAUAAUCCACCCAGCGCCGAUGUAUCUCGCACCUCCAGUCUGGUCAAGGACGAACGAAUUUCUGGUCACUCGGCAGAGCCAUCUGCAUCGCCUCAGCUGCAAGCCAAAGAUUGGGUGCAGCGUCUUGAGGGUUUAAGUGGCAAGGCACGUCUGCCCCGAAGCGUUCAAGCUGUAUAUCUACGGCCGCUUCGUAGAAAGGCUGAAUAUGGUCUUCCAGUGUGUGAUCUACAGUUGAGAUCAUACAGUGUUCGAAAUGUUGAAUUCUUUUCGGAUUUCGCUAUACGAGCUGCAUAUUACUUAGGUCUUCCGGUCUCUGGGCCUGUACCUUUACCACGCAUUGUCGAAAGAUGGACUGUGCCCCGAAGCAAUUUUGUUCACAAGAAGAGCCAAGAGAACUUUGAGCGUAUAACCCUGCGUCGGCUGAUUCAGGUCAAAGAUGGGAAUUCACAGACUGUCCAGGUGUGGCUGGCUUUUUUGAGGAAAUAUGCAUUUCAUGGAGUGGGUAUGAAAGCAAACAUGUGGGAAUACGACAGUCUCGAUGUCGUCGAGAACUUGGACAGAGCGGGUCCAGAAACCGAAAAGUCACUUGAAGGACUCCUUUCACAAUUCGGUCAAAGACAAGAUACAAAAUCGGACGAUUCUCUUGUUGAAAUUUUGAACAAAGACCACCUGGUCACACUGAAGAGCCCCUUAUCAGAGGUCGGCAGGCGCUGACCCGUCAAGGCUACUUCCACACAAGCUGCUGCCUUGUUUGAUCUGUAUUACCGGGCCAUGGAAUCUCUAAUACUUCUGCUCAGCGACCUUGGGAGAAAUUUGCAGUCGACACCAUCACACACCAUUCUGUCUCGGCAUGGUUCUCAACAGCUUUCGCAAAUGCAAAUAAGAAUACAAUCUCAACAUGACACCCACUGCUAUGGAUCCCCGGCCUUAGAUCAUCCCAUGUAACCCCGUGUCCGUGUUUCCUUUAGUGGUUUAUGUCUAUAUAGUUCAAGGACUGAUCGCAAUACACGGAUCGGAAUACACGGGCUAUUAAGGGAUGGUGCUCCUAUACAAUGAAAUCUUUUUACAUGACACCAGUUACUUCUAAU